AUGAAUGUUGAUGAAAAAAAUACUGGGUUGAAAAAAAAUUAUUUACAAAUAAAAUUAUAUGAUAUGGAAAAUCUUUUGACGAUUGUAACAAAUUUACGUAUGAAUAAUCUUAAAAAUUGUCAUAAAAUAGAGGAUGAAAUAAAUAAAAUGGCUGAGGAACAAAUAGCAUUGAUAAGAAAUCAACAAAAAACAUUGUUAAGAAUGUUAUAUGAGAAAGGAGAUAUGAAAAAUAAAUUAUUAAGUGAACAGGAAGAAGAUUUGCAAUAUUGCAUAGAAGCAUGUAAAGAGGCUAUACAAUAUACUGAAUGUAUAGAUAUUAGUAGUUUGGAGAAAGAUGAAAAAAUAAAUAGAUUUAUUGAUAAAAUUAAUUUUGUUCCUUUAAUACCUAUUGAUAGAAAGAUAAUUGUCUUUGAUAAUGAUUGGGAAGUAUUAAAAAAUACUAUUAAAAAAAUAGGAAAAUUUAAUGAAAAUGUUGAUAAUAAUGUUGGAGCUUUACUACCACCACCAAUAACAGUUUUGGAGAAUGUUAUUGAUGAUAAAAAUGAAGAAGUUUUGGCUUAUACAAGUCCUUUGAGUGUUUUAAUAGGAAAUAUUGAUAAUGGUAUAACAAAUGAAGAUGAUAUCAUAACAAGAUUUUAA